CUGUGGCCGCGGUGUCGGCGCGGCUCCUGUCGCGAUUUGUCGCGAUUUGUCGCCAUCUGUCGCGCCGGGCUCGCGGCUCCUGGCCCGCCCAUGGAGGCCGCGCCGCGGUUGAUGCCCGGGGUGGCCAUGCCGGGGUCUCUUCCGCCAGCGCCUCCCUCCUCUGCUGCCGGCAGCGGGGAGCCGCCACCCUCAGGGCCACCCUCAGGGCCACCAGCGGGGCCACCCCAGCACGACACCGGCGAUGUCCUGCAGCAGAUCAUGGCCAUCACCGACCAGAGCUUGGAUGAGGCCCAGGCCAGGAAGCACGCCCUGAACUGCCACAGGAUGAAGCCGGCCCUUUUCAGCGUCCUCUGUGAAAUCAAGGAAAAAACAGCUCUGAGCGUGCGUAACCUCCCCGAGGAGGAACCCCCUGACGCUCAGCUGAUGCGCCUGGACAACAUGCUGCUGGCCGAGGGCGUGGCGGGGCCGGAACGAGCCGGGAAAAACCGGGAAAAAGCGGGAAAAGGCGCGGAAAAUUCCGGAAAAGAGCCCGGAAAAACGGGAGAAACGCCCGGAAAAAUGGGGAUGGGGGGUUGUCCCCACGAGCACGGCAUCGAGCACUCGGAUUAUCGCGCCAAGCUGGCGCAGAUCCGGCAGAUUUUCCACUCGGAGCUGGAGAAGUACGAUCAGGCUUGCAGCGAGUUCACCACGCACGUGCUGAACCUGCUGCGGGAGCAGAGCCGCACGCGGCCGAUCGCCGCCACCGAGAUCGAGCGCAUGGUCAGCGUCAUCCACGGCAAGUUCGGCUCCAUCCAGGUGCAGCUCAAGCAGAGCACCUGCGAGGCCGUCAUGAUCCUCAGGUCCAGGUUCCUCGACGCCAGGCGGAAAAGGCGCAAUUUCAGCAAACAGGCCACGGAGGUGCUGAAUGAAUAUUUUUAUUCCCACCUGAGCAAUCCCUACCCCAGCGAAGAGGCCAAAGAGGAACUCGCCAAAAAAGGCGGAAUCACCGUGUCCCAGGUUUCCAACUGGUUUGGGAACAAGAGGAUCCGCUACAAGAAGAACAUGGGGAAGUUCCAGGAGGAGGCGAAUAUUUACGCCGCCAAAAGCGCCGCGGACGCCGCCGCCGCUUCCUCGCCAAAUUCCGCUUCUUCUGGGUCUUUUAAGAUGACAAAUUCCGGGGAUUCCUUCCUCAACCUUCAAUCCUUGACUUCCUACCAGAGCCCUCCCAAUGUGCACUCCCAGAUGGAUUCCCUGCACCACGUCCUGCACCAGACGGGGAGGUUCGAGCCUUUGUACUCCACGCAGCGCCUCGAUGCCAAUGGCAGCUGGCAGGACGCUGCCACCCCCUCAUCCAUCACCUCCCCCACCGGAGACCCGGGAAGCGUCAACUCCGACGCCUCCAAUUAAAAAAAUUUUUUUAGGACCUUUUUAACGAGAGGAGAGAGGUCAAUUAGCGUUAAUUAACCGACGUUGCAAGAAUUAUUGACUCACAAUUAAUGAAUUACCUCAGAACAAGCCAAUAGAUUGCGAUGGCAGCGACACCUCUACCUCUCACCGACUUCUUCGCCCUGCCGGGGACCUGAAAUUGUUUCUGACAACUUCAUUUCGCCUCAGCAAAUUCCGCUUUUUUUUAAGGAAAAACUCCACUGAUUUCCACACGAAGAAAAUAAAAAGUCUCGGCGUUCGUCUCCAGUUUUACAGCGGAAGAAAACGGAUUUAUUUUCGUUUCCGACCGGUUUUUUUUACGCUGGGAUUUUCUGUUCUAGGUGAAUAGUUCCAGUUCAAGCCUCCUCCCCGUAUUGUAAUUGUAUGUUCUCUGUAUUGUAAUUUUCUAUAGGGAAUUCAGCUUUUUCUUAACUAGUUUAGCUAAUUAACGAGAACGUUGCUUUACCAAACUUCCCACUGGAUAUCGCUCGCAGGUAGGACCUUCUGCCGGUGUCGUUCCAAGGGAUUUCUUAAAUUCCACGGCUCUACUUUUUCUCAUGAAAAAGUAAAAAAAAAAAAAUAAAAAUAAUAAAAUCCCUCAAAUUCACCACAAAACAGCCGAACCACCGGAUUUCCCCAUGGGAAUUCGAGGGGGUUUUUGCCAUUCUGGCGCUUUUCAGUGUCCGCCCCUUUCAGUUGAGAUUUUAUCAAAGAAAAUAAAC